AUGGACGUGGACGUGGACGUGGACGUGGACGUGGUCCUGGACGUGGACAUGGACGUGGACAUGGACGUGCAUGUGGACAUGGACGUGAAAGUAGACAUGGACAUGGACAUGGAAGUGGACGUGGACGUGGACGUGGACGUGGACAUGGACGUGGACUUGGACGUGGACAUGGACGUGGACAUGGACGUGGACGUGGACGUGGACGUGGACGUGGUCGUGGACGUGGACGUGGACGUCGACAUGGACGUGGACGUGGAUAUAGACGUGGACGUGGACGUGGACGUGGACGUGGACGUGGACGUGGACGUGGACGUGGACAUGGACGUGGACAUGGACAUGGACGUGGACGUGGACGUGGACGUGGUCUUGGACGUGGACAUGGACGUGGACGUGGACGUGGACGUCGACAUGGACGUGGACGUGGACGUGGACGUGGACAUGGACGUGGACGUGGACGUGGACGUGGACAUGGACGUGGACGUAGACGUGGACGUAAACAUGGACGUGGACGUGGACGUGGACGUGGACAUGGACGUGGACGUGGACCUGGACAUGGACAUGGAUAUGGACGUGGACGUGGACGUGGACGUGGACCUGGACAUGGACGUGGACAUGGACGUGGACGUGGACGUGGACGUGGACGUGGACGUGGUCCUGGACGUGGACAUGGACGUAGACAUGGACGUGGACGUGGACAUGGACGUGAAAGUAGACAUGGACAUGGACAUGGAAGUGGACGUGGACGUGGACGUGGACAUGGACGUGGACGUGGACGUGGACGUGGACAUGGACGUGGACAUGGACGUGGACGUGGACGUGGACGUGGACGUGGACGUGGUCGUGGACGUCGACGUGGACGUCGACAUGGACGUGGACGUGGACAUAGACGUGGACGUGGACAUAGACGUGGACGUGGACGUGGACGUGGACGUGGACGUGGACGUAGACGUGGACGUGGACAUGGACGUGGACGUGGUCGUGGACGUGGACGUGGACGUGGACGUGGACGUGGACGUGGACGUGGACGUGGACAUGGACGUGGACGUGGAUGUGGACAUGGACGUGGACGUAAACGUGGACAUGGACGUGGACAUGGACAUGGACGUGGACGUGGACGUGGACGUGGACGUGGACGUGGACGUGGACAUGGACGUGGACAUGGACGUGGACGUGGACGUGGACGUGGACGUGGUCGUGGACGUGGACGUGGACGUGGACAUAGACGUGGACGUGGACGUGGACGUCGACGUGGACAUAGACGUGGACGUGGACAUGGACGUGGACGUGGACAUGGACGUGGACGUGGACGUGGACGUGGACAUGGUUGUGGACAUGGACCUGGACGUGGACGUGGACAUGGACGUUGACAUGGUCGUGGACGUGGACGUGGACGUGGACGUGGACGUGGACAUGGACGUGGACGUGGACAUGGACGUGGACGUGGACGUGGACGUGGACAUGGACGUGGACGUGGACCUGGACAUGGACGUGGACAUGGACGUGGACGUGGACGUGGUCCUGGACGUGGACAUGGACGUGGACAUGGACGUGCAUGUGGACAUGGACGUGAAAGUAGACAUGGACAUGGACAUGGACAUGGAAGUGGACGUGGACGUGGACGUGGACGUGGACAUGGACGUGGACAUGGACAUGGACAUGGACGUGGACAUGGACGUGGACGUAGACGUGGACGUGGUCGUGGACGUGGACGUGGACGUCGACAUGGACGUGGACGUGGACAUAGACGUGGACGUGGACGUGGACGUGGACGUGGACAUGGACGUGGACAUGGACAUGGACGUGGACGUGGACGUGGACGUGGUCGUGGACGUGGACGUGGACAUGGACGUGGACGUGGACGUGGACAUGGACGUGGACGUGGACGUGGACGUAGACGUGGACAUGGACGUGGACGUGGACGUGGACAUGGACGUGGACGUAGACGUGGACGUAAACAUGGACGUGGACGUGGACGUGGACGUGGACAUGGACGUGGACGUGGACCUGGACAUGGACAUGGAUAUGGACGUGGACGUGGACGUGGACGUGGACCUGGACAUGGACGUGGACAUGGACGUGGACGUGGACGUGGACGUGGACGUGGACGUGGUCCUGGACGUGGACAUGGACGUAGACAUGGACGUGGACGUGGACAUGGACGUGAAAGUAGACAUGGACAUGGACAUGGAAGUGGACGUGGACGUGGACGUGGACGUGGACAUGGACGUGGACGUGGACGUGGACGUGGACGUGGACGUGGACAUGGACGUGGACGUGGACGUGGACGUGGACGUGGACGUGGACGUGGACGUCGACAUGGACGUGGACGUGGACAUAGACGUGGACGUGGACAUAGACGUGGACAUGGACGUGGACGUGGACGUGGACGUGGACGUAGACGUGGACGUGGACAUGGACGUGGACGUGGUCGUGGACGUGGACGUGGACGUGGACGUGGACGUGGACGUGGACGUGGACGUGGACGUGGACGUGGACAUGGACGUGGACGUGGACGUGGACGUGGUCGUGGACGUGGACGUGGACGUGGACAUGGACGUGGACGUGGACGUGGACGUCGACGUGGACAUGGACGUGGACGUGGACAUGGACGUGGACGUGGACAUGGACGUGGACGUGGACGUGGACGUGGACAUGGUUGUGGACAUGGACCUGGACGUGGACGUGGACAUGGACGUUGACAUGGUCGUGGACGUGGACGUGGACGUGGACGUGGACAUGGACGUGGACGUGGACGUGGACGUGGACGUGGACAUGGUCGUGGACGUGGACGUGGAAGUGGACGUGGUCGUGGUCGUGGACGUGGACGUAGAUGUGGACGUGGACGUGGACGUGGACGUGGUCGUGGACGUGGACGUGGACGUGGACAUGGACGUGGACGUGGACAUGGACAUGGACGUGGACGUGGACGUGGACAUGGACGUGGACGUGGACGUGGACGUGAACAUGGACGUGGACGUGGACAUGGACAUGGACGUGGACAUGGACAUGGACGUGGACGUGGACAUGGACAUGGACGUGGACGUGGACGUGGACGUGGACGUGGUCGUGGACGUGGACGUGGACGUGGACGUGGACGUGGACGUGGACGUGGACGUGGACAUGGACGUGGACGUGGACGUGGACGACGUGGACCUGGACAUGGACGUGGACAUGGACGUGGACGUGGACGUGGACGUGGACGUGGUCCUGGACGUGGACAUGGACGUGGACAUGGACGUGCAUGUGGACAUGGACGUGAAAGUAGACAUGGACAUGGACAUGGAAGUGGACGUGGACGUGGACGUGGACGUGGACAUGGACGUGGACGUGGACGUGGACAUGGACGUGGACAUGGACGUGGACGUGGACGUGGACGUGGUCGUGGACGUGGACGUGGACGUCGACAUGGACGUGGACGUGGACAUAGACGUGGACGUGGACGUGGACGUGGACGUGGACGUGGACAUGGACGUGGACAUGGACAUGGACGUGGACGUGGACGUGGACGUGGUCGUGGACGUGGACAUGGACGUGGACGUGGACGUGGACGUGGACAUGGACGUGGACGUGGACGUGGACGUGGACAUGGACGUGGACGUGGACGUGGACGUGGACAUGGACGUGGACGUAGACGUGGACGUAAACAUGGACGUGGACGUGGACGUGGACGUGGACAUGGACGUGGACGUGGACCUGGACAUGGACAUGGAUAUGGACGUGGACGUGGACGUGGACGUGGACCUGGACAUGGACGUGGACAUGGACGUGGACGUGGACGUGGACGUGGACGUGGACGUGGUCCUGGACGUGGACAUGGACGUAGACAUGGACGUGGACGUGGACAUGGACGUGAAAGUAGACAUGGACAUGGACAUGGAAGUGGACGUGGACGUGGACGUGGACGUGGACAUGGACGUGGACGUGGACGUGGACGUGGACAUGGACGUGGACAUGGACGUGGACGUGGACGUGGACGUGGACGUGGACGUGGUCGUGGACGUGGACGUGGACGUCGACAUGGACGUGGACGUUAACAUAGACGUGGACGUGGACAUAGACGUGGACGUGGACGUGGACGUGGACGUGGACGUAGACGUGGACGUGGACAUGGACGUGGACGUGGUCGUGGACGUGGACGUGGACGUGGACGUGGACGUGGACGUGGACGUGGACGUGGACGUGGACGUGGACAUGGACCUGGACGUGGACGUGGACAUGGACGUGGACGUAAACGUGGACAUGGACGUGGACAUGGACAUGGACGUGGACGUGGACGUGGACGUGGACGUGGACGUGGACGUGGACAUGGACGUGGACAUGGACGUGGACGUGGACGUGGACGUGGACGUGGACGUGGUCGUGGACGUGGACGUGGACGUAAACAUGGACGUGGACGUGGACGUGGACGUCGACGUGGACAUAGACGUGGACGUGGACAUGGACGUGGACGUGGACAUGGACGUGGACGUGGACAUGGUUGUGGACAUGGACCUGGACGUGGACGUGGACAUGGACGUUGACAUGGUCGUGGACGUGGACGUGGACGUGGACGUGGACGUGGACAUGGACGUGGACGUGGACAUGGACGUGGACGUGGACGUGGACGUGGACAUGGACGUGGACGUGGACCUGGACAUGGACGUGGACAUGGACGUGGACGUGGACGUGGUCCUGGACGUGGACAUGGACGUGGACAUGGACGUGCAUGUGGACAUGGACGUGAAAGUAGACAUGGACAUGGACAUGGAAGUGGACGUGGACGUGGACGUGGACGUGGACAUGGACGUGGACAUGGACAUGGACAUGGACGUGGACAUGGACGUGGACGUGGACGUGGACGUGGACGUGGUCGUGGACGUGGACGUGGACGUCGACAUGGACGUGGACGUGGACAUAGACGUGGACGUGGACGUGGACGUGGACAUGGACGUGGACAUGGACAUGGACGUGGACGUGGACGUGGACGUGGUCGUGGAUGUGGACGUGGACAUGGACGUGGACGUGGACGUGGACAUGGACGUGGACGUGGACGUGGACGUGGACGUGGACAUGGACGUGGACGUGGACGUGGACGUGGACAUGGACGUGGACAUAGACGUGGACGUAAACAUGGACGUGGACGUGGACGUGGACGUGGACAUGGACGUGGACGUGGACCUGGACAUGGACAUGGAUAUGGACGUGGACGUGGACGUGGACGUGGACCUGGACAUGGACGUGGACAUGGACGUGGACGUGGACGUGGACGUGGACGUGGAAGUGGUCCUGGACGUGGACAUGGACGUAGACAUGGACGUGGACGUGGACAUGGACGUGAAAGUAGACAUGGACAUGGACAUGGAAGUGGACGUGGACGUGGACGUGGACGUGGACAUGGACGUGGACGUGGACGUGGACGUGGACAUGGACGUGGACAUGGACGUGGACGUGGACGUGGACGUGGACGUGGUCGUGGACGUGGACGUGGACGUCGACAUGGACGUGGACGUGGACAUAGACGUGGACGUGGACAUAGACGUGGACGUGGACGUGGACGUGGACGUGGACGUGGACGUAGACGUGGACGUGGACAUGGACGUGGACGUGGUCGUGGACGUGGACGUGGACGUGGACGUGGACGUGGACGUGGACGUGGACGUGGACAUGGACGUGGACGUGGACGUGGACGUGGACGUGGACGUGGACAUGGACGUGGACGUGGACGUGGACGUGGACAUGGACGUAGACGUGGACGUGGACGUGGACAUGGACGUGGACGUGGACCUGGACGUGGACAUGGACAUGGACGUGGACGUGGACGUGGACGUGGACAUGGACGUGGACGUGGACAUGGACGUGGACGUGGACGUGGACGUGGACGUGGACAUGGACGUGGACGUGGACGUGGACAUGGACGUAGACGUGGACAUGGACGUGGACGUGGACGUGGACGUGGACGUGGACGUGGACGUGGACGUGGACAUGGACGUGGACGUGGACGUGGACGUAGACGUGGACGUGGACAUGGACAUGGACAUGGACGUGGACGUGGACAUGGACGUGGACGUGGACGUGGACGUGGACAUGGACGUGGACGUGGACGUGGACGUGGACAUGGACGUAGACGUGGACAUGGACAUGGACGUGGACGUGGACGUGGACGUGGACAUGGACGUGGACAUGGACGUGGACGUGGACGUGGACGUGGUCGUGGACGUGGACGUGGACGUGGACAUGGAAGUGGACGUGGACGUGGACGUGGACAUGGAAGUGGACGUGGACGUGGACAUGGACGUGGACAUGGACAUGGACAUGGACGUGGACGUGGACGUGGUCGUGGACGUGGACGUGGUCCUGGACGUGGACGUGGCCAUGGACGUGGACGUGGACAUGGACGUGGACAUGGACAUGGACGUGGACGUGGACGUGGUCGUGGACGUGGACGUGGUCCUGGACGUGGACAUGGACGUGGACAUGGACGUGGAUGUGGACAUGGACGUGAAAGUAGACAUGGACAUGGACAUGGAAGUGGACGUGGACGUGGACGUGGACAUGGACGUGGACGUGGACAUGGACGUGGACAUGGACGUGGACGUGGACGUGGACGUGGUCGUGGACGUGGACGUCGACAUGGACGUGGACGUGGACAUAGACGUGGACGUGGACGUGGACGUGGACGUGGACGUGGACAUGGACGUGGACAUGGACAUGGACGUGGACGUGGACGUGGACGUGGUCGUGGACGUGGACGUGGACGUGGACGUGGACGUGGACGUGGACAUGGACGUGGACGUGGACGUGGACAUGGACGUGGACGUGGACGUGGACGUGGACAUGGACGUGGACGUAGACGUGGACGUAAACAUGGACGUGGACGUGGACGUGGACGUGGACAUGGACGUGGACGUGGACCUGGACAUGGACAUGGAUAUGGACGUGGAUGUGGACGUGGACGUGGACCUGGACAUGGACGUGGACAUGGACGUGGACGUGGACGUGGACGUGGACGUGGUCCUGGACGUGGACAUGGACGUGGACAUGGACGUGGACGUGGACAUGGACGUGAAAGUAGACAUGGACAUGGACAUGGAAGUGGACGUGGACGUGGACGUGGACGUGGACAUGGACGUGGACGUGGACGUGGACGUGGACAUGGACGUGGACAUGGACGUGGACGUGGACGUGGACGUGGACGUGGUCGUGGACGUGGACGUGGACGUCGACAUGGACGUGGACGUGGACAUAGACGUGGACGUGGACAUAGACGUGGACGUGGACGUGGACGUGGACGUAGACGUGGACGUGGACAUGGACGUGGACGUGGUCGUGGACGUGGACGUGGACGUGGACGUGGACGUGGACGUGGACGUGGACAUGGACCUGGACGUGGACGUGGACAUGGACGUAAACGUGGACAUGGACGUGGACAUGGACAUGGACGUGGACGUGGCGUGGACGUGGACGUGGACGUGGACAUAG